CAUGGUGGGCCGGCUGAGCCUGCAGGAUGUGCCCGAGCUCGUGGACACGAAGAAGAAGGGCGACGGCGUCCUGGACAGCCCGGACUCAGGACUGCCCCCCAGCCCCAGCCCCAGCCACUGGGGGCUCGUGGCGGCCGGGGGUGGUGGCAGCGGCGGAGAGCGCGCACCGGCACCCGGGGCUCUGGAGCCCGACGCGGCAGCGACCCCAGCGGCCCCGAAUCCAGCCUCGCUCCCCACUCCUCUGGCCUUCACCUGCACGCCAAGGUUAUGCCCCCUGUCCUUUGGCGAAGGAGUGGAGCUUGAUCCCUUACCACCGACGGAAGUAAGGUAUACUUCCUCAGUCAAGUACGACUCAGAGCGGCACUUCAUCGACGACGUCCAUCUGCCCCUUGGCCUGGUAGUGACCUCCUACAGCCAGACAGUCACCUGCAUCCCCAAUUGCACGUGGCGCAACUACAAGGCCGAGCUGCGCUUCGAGCCCCGUCACAAGCCCACCCGUUUCCUCAGCACCACCAUCAUCUACCCCAAAUUCCCCAAGAUCGUCUACACCACUACCCUGGAUUACAGCUACCGCAAGACACUGAGAAGGUUCCUGUCCAGCGUGGAGCUCGAAGCCACAGAGUUCCCAGGCAGCGAUUACCUCUCGGAUGAGUGCUGACUCAAGCAGGCUGGGUGGGGCUGGACCAGCUCUUCUGCUACCCUGGUCAAGUUGGGCCACACUGCCCUUGAGUGUCACUCAUGUCCCCAGGAGUCUAAUCUAGAGAUACCUCUAAGCCCAACCUGGGGAAGAAAAUAAAAUGUUGCGGCAUCUUAUCAUAAUCGAGAGAAUUUGGUUUUUAAAAAAUUUUCAAAUGGUUUUUAAAAGGAGUAUAUUUCUAGUUUGCUGCUGCAUACUUCCCCCCAAAGUCUCAAUUUCAUGAGAAAAUUAAAAAUCAACUAGAGCAAAAGGAAAAUGGCCACGAUUUGAAAUAGGGAGGGAGGGGAGAACUCCUCUUUCGUGGGUCACUUUGAGGAAGAGUGUGGAAAAAGCCUCUGGAAUGGAAAAAGUGAGUUUUAGAAAUUUCAGCCCCGGGUGUCUUCACUGCUAUGAAAGUGGUGCUAAUUCAGUAAGCUGUGACACCCAUAUGGGUUCAAUCUGUGGAGACUUGAGUUCCAUUCCAUUUUUUAUUUCCAUUUCCAUUUCUAUUUCCUGUUAACCAGAAUGCUUGGAAUUCGCUAAAUCUUUUUCAUGACAUCGAAAAACCCCAAACUACAAUGUAAGAUGCCUUUUUUAAAAAGAGGAAAAAGGUUCAUACUGUUUUCACCUCUUUGGGAAGGUCAGGUCAACUGAUGGCCGAGUUUGGGAGCAAUGGCUUCCGUCUGGUUCCUUCCAUCCACUGCUUCUGAGCUCAGGCUCUGGCAAAGCGCCUCGCACCCUUGGCAUCUGGUAAUGUCUCCACAGGCUUGUGUAACUCUCCUGAUAUGUAUUUUGGGGUUUCCAAAUACUUUCCUAUUUUUUCAUAAGGCAAAAUGUAGCAAAGAGAAACGGCAUUUUCUUGUGAGAGAAACAGCAUUUUAAAAGAAUUCUUAGGAAAAAUGCUUUCUGGGAUGCCGCAAGGGGGUUUCACUCACAAUGGGAACUAGUGGCCAUACCUAGGACCUGACACCGUCUGGGAGGAGGUAGAUGCAGAUGUUUCUAGUAAUCUAGUUCAUCAGGGUGGGUGUCUUCUCCAGGGACCCAGAGUCAACUGCCGUUAGGACUUUGACUGCAUCAACAUUGUAGAGAAAUUCUGCCAGAGCCUUAGGUCUAAGCCAAAAGCAAGGAAAUAACCCACCUACAUCCCCCAGGUAAAGCAAAGGUGUAUUCAAAUAAGGAAUAAUGUCAAAAGUCCAACUCCAAAACCUGGAUGUUGUUGUGAUGGUACACAUUUCUUUUAAAUGUUUAGUUUAGUGUAAGUGACACUCGUGGCAUUGGGUGUGAAAUGAAGAAACUUUGUGAAUUCAGGUGAACUGGCCUCAGAAGCAGAGAGGGUAGCUGGGCCAGGAGGGUGCGGGGGCCCAGGCUGCCUCUGGCUUCACCCCCUGCCUGCCCUGCCUCUCUCCAACCCUUACUUCUUCCUCCUGCCAAUCCUGAGGUUUUUGAGUGAAGAAAGUGGCAGAUGGCUUUUUCUCUUCCAAUACUGGAAAGAACAAACCGUGAAUAUUUCCUCUGAAUACUUCUAAUAUUAUAUCAAGUGCUCGAGGGUUACAGGGUACUGUAAGCUCCAACUCCGGGUUUCUGUGGAUGGCUUCCUGCUGUCUUGAAAGCACCAUUGAUGGCUCUGUGGGUACCCUGUAGCCAUAACAGGGACUUUUGUUUUGAAGAGAGCAGGCAUGAUGAUAAUCACACUCAUUUAAAGUCAUUGGAGGCCUAUAGAGCCAAAUUGUCUGAUGUCCUCUUCAGAUUUAACAGUGUUUAUUCUGUGAUGCUCCUAACUGAUUGGACACAUCCCUUCGGUGGAGCCUGCAGUGGGAUGGAUGGUCCCAAGUUUGCCGGGGUGAGGCUCAGCGGGGGCCCCUCAGAGGAGCGUUCUGGGACCCUACAGUCUCCUUAGUCAUUCAGAGCAAGAAAUAGAAGAGUAAAUUACACAGCAUUUUUAGAUAAAAAUGAUUUUUCUCUCUGAUUCCAAAAUCUUGUCAUUUAAGGCAAGUAGUAAAUGCAAUUUUAAAAUUAUGUUAAGAGAGUUCCCAAGGCUUUGCUCUGUCCCAAGAGGGACACUUAAAUGAGCUCAGAACAAUACCGUGGGCAGCAUGGCAGGAGAGACAAGUGCAGGAGAACAUGGCCUUCGAUCAGAGCAAUAUCCUGAGAUGUCCACAUGAGAUUUUGUUUUAGGGAAUUGGAUUAAGUUCGGGCAAAUCAUUCUAGGUGUGGAAAGAAUCUGAACUAUAUCAGUAAAGUAGGUAGAAGUGAGCGAUUGUGAAUGUGUAAUGCUAAUGGAAAAGCAGGCUUUAUUUUGUUAAGUUAUUCACUAGGGAACUGACCUUAGUUCUUUCUAAUCCUCUUUCUUCAAACCUGCUUGGCUGAUAGCUGCAGAAAAGGAAGCAUGUGAAGACGCAAUGGGACACACCUCAGGAUAAAUCGAUCAGUUGUGCAUUCAUUUUGGUUUGCAAGGUUGAAACAAUGAUUUUUAAAAACUCACUCAUUAAAACCAAACGUUCCUAAGUAUAUCUGGGAGAUAGUUUACUUAUUAAUUAAAAAAAUCUUUUUUCUCAGUCUGUUAAAUCAUGGCUUUCAUGUAAUAAGGAUGAUUUGUGUUUUCAGAGAAAAGCUGUUUUCUUUUCAAAUCCAGACCUUUUAAAAAGAAUGAUUACCUUUUCAUUUGACGCUUUUCCUGUUUCUAACCUUAGGAAAUCCAGAAAUGUAUUUGACUAAAACUAUUUUUAAAAUUUAUCUUUGACCUCCGUCCCACUCCAUUUUGCUCUGUGACUUCAUUUAACAAUAAAUUAUCUUUAAAAAAAAC